CAUUCCACUCUCCCUUCUUUGUAAGCCCUGCCGCUAUCCCUCCACCUCUGGCCAAGCGCUAUUCAUUGCCCUCUCCCUGAUAACAUCUCCACACUUUUCCUUCCCAUGUGCCGCCUGUAGGACACCAGGCAGCAGCAGUCGCACCAACAGCAGCAGCGCCGCACAGUCGCACACACGAUCGCACUGUGGGGCUGAAGGAAGGCACGCCAGCCUAGAAGGCUUGAUUGGUCACUUUUCCCCCCUGCUGCUGGCUAAUAUAGUUUUGGAAGGAGUGAAAGGCUGAAGGGAUGUGCUAAGGGGGAGGGGAAGCAGGGGAUGCCCUAGCGAUUGCAGCCCUGGCAGCCUGCUGUCACACACACACAUGUGCCCCUGAGUGCCACUCACUCCCAUUGCGCUGCCAGUCUGGAUUACUCGAACCGCCCGGGCACAGCACUAUGUUCCUGCCAACACAAGAUCUGCGGUUUGCAGCUGACGCCAACUUGUGAUUUCGAAGCUGAUUGUUUACAUCAGGAAAUGCAUUUCAAUCAGAUAAAUAAAUAUUGAUUUAAUGGCUCUCUUGAAGAUGCACUGGACACCGGAGCAUGCCCAGCCCCUGAACCAGUGGCCAGAGCAGCACCUUGAUGUCUCAUCUACCACCUCGUCUCCAGCUCACAAAUCAGAUGUAUUUCACAACAGCAGGCAAAGGUUAAAUUAUGCUUGGGCCAAUGAUGAUAUAUCUGCACUGACUGCCUCUAAUCUCUUGAAGAGAUAUGCAGAGAAAUACUCUGGGGUCCUGGACUCACCAUAUGAGCGUUCUACGCUAAAUUCCUACACAGAUGGAGCCUUUGGCCCGGUUAAUGGACAAAAGGGGGACAUUGAGACUUGGCAGAUGUCACACGGGUCUGAGAAUUCUUAUACAGUGAACUCCAUACAUGAUAGCUUGGCUGGCUCUAAAUCAGGCAAUGGUCCAGUUGGACUGGCUAGCCCAACGGUAGCAUCUGGUAACCUUCCUGACCCCAUUUACCCAGGUAGUACAUGUGCAGGGCCAAACUCAACAGGUGGUCUUGUGGCUCCCCAAGAUUAUACCUCAACCUACAGUGGCACCUACCUUCCAUCAGGCUACUGCAGUCAACCAAACUCAGCACUUCCACCUACCCAUCCCGCAUCUCUUCACAGCUCAGGACUUCAGCCAGCACAUGCAUCACCAGCUCUGGUUCAUGGAUACAGCUCUUCAGGCUCAUUAUACAACUACAGCUCAAGUGGUUACCCAGCUCAGCCUGCCAUUGGUCCUGGAUAUGGUGGAAUGCAUCCAACUCAUCCUUCAGGUUAUUUGCCAUCUGGUAUUGCUGCUCCUACACCUCUUCCACCGCAUACCACAUCAUCAAGGCCCCCGAUGGUCCCUGGUUAUGCUUACCAAAGUUCUACAUUAACACCAUUGUCAGUCCCUCCUCUUAGCACAGAAACUGCGAAUUCCUUGAAAAGAAAAGCUUUUGACAUGACAGCAGCAGAAGAAAGCGAGGGCAGGUAUAGAAAGUACAGCUAUGAGCAACCAAAGUCUACCUCAGAUGCUUCAUUUCCAAUAUCUGAUAGUGUUCCAAAUGAUUGCAGAGGCAAUGGCUUCAGUCGCAAUGGAGAAACACAACAGGUGGCCUUUAAAUCUGGAAAGCGCCAAGUAGAAGAAGAGCAAGUAGGAAAAUAUAACAGCCAAUCAAUGAAAGUAAUGAUCUCACCAACAUUUAAUGAAGAAAGACCAUUGAGAUCUAGCGAAACAUUUGGAAAAUUCACCCCCACAGUACUAAAUGGUGAGCAUAGAGGUAAUGAGCCAGGCCAUGUUUUUGCACAGAGAAUGCAAGUUCCAGGGAUAAAACAGACAAUGUUUUGCAAUUCUUCAGAAGAUCGUAUAAAAAACAUGGAUCCUCUAAUCCUGGAGCUUGUUAAUAAUGAAAUUGUUGACUGUGCCCCCCCUGUGCAGUGGACAGAUAUUGCUGGCCAUGCAUCCGUGAAGGCUGUGAUUGAAGAAGAAUUGGUAUGGCCUAUCUUGAGGCCCGGUGCCUACACAGGAACUAACAGGCCACCAAAAAGUAUCUUGUUAUUUGGUCCUUCGGGGGCAGGGAAAACACUGCUGAGUAGGUGCAUUGCCACUCAGCUUGGGUCAACGUUGCUUAAACUCAACAGCACUGUUCUUCUUUCCAAGUGGAAGAAUGAAAGUGAAAAAAUCUUGGAGACUGUGCUGUACAUGGCAAGCUGUCACCAGCCUACUGUUGUUUUCAUUAGUGAAAUUGACCUACUCCUUUCUGUUCACGUUAAUGAGGAAAAUACACAUUUGAGCAAUCUUAAAUCUCAGCUUAUUUCCUUCUUAGAUAACAUAGCUACCUCAUCUGAUGAUAACAUCAUUUUCAUUGGGACUUCCCAAAUGCCCGAUGAUAUUGAUGAAGAUGCACACCACAGGUUUGCAAAGAAAUUUUACAUUUCGCCUCCAGAUAGCCUAGCCAGGAGGCAGAUCCUCCAUCACACCUUGGCCCAACAAAACUACUGCCUUAGUGAAAGGGAAAUGGCAUUGCUUGUCCAACACACAGAGGGCUAUUCAGGCAAUGAGCUGAUUCAGCUUUGUCAGCAGGCCGGAGCCAAUCAUCUUCACAGUAUUUCAGGACAGCUACAGCCAACAUCCUACAAAGACUUUGAAGGAGCAUUUUGUAAACUCCGAGCCAGUACCUCUCAGAAGCAACUGGACUUGUACGUGGAAUGGAAUAAAAUGUACGGUUCAAGACACUAACAGUCAAAUGACUCUGAUGGAACAAUAUGACUCUACACUGGUGUUGUUUUAGUUGUGUGUGCGUGUGUGAGACCUCUGCCUGGAAACAGGUUCACAACAUGUUUUUGUUUCUCUACCAUAAAAAUCCUAACAUGACAGCCGGAUGUCAAGUAACGGGCAUCUUUUUACAUCUGUGUAUAUAUGUAUACAUAUAUGUAUAGAUAUAUCCGCUCUGUUAAAUGUUAUGCAGAGGAAAAAAACUUUUGAAAGGUGAUUUUUUUUUUUCUACACAUUUCAAAAUCUGUCAAAGUAGCUCUAUACUGUUCUCAGGAUACCUUCUAUUUAUCGCCAAAUAUUGGCAGUACCAAUGUGAUUUCACAAAGAGGUGUUUGGAUGUUCUGCAAAUAUGUUGUUAAGGUCUUCUUUCCACUGGGUGACCUUAAUUGCUGGUUUACAUCAAACAUGAUUUUAUUAAGCAGCCCCUUCAUGGCAAUUUGGGGAACCAUAUUACUCUUAGUAUCAUUUAGGUGACCAGGCACCAACACAACAUGGAAACAUGAGGCUCAAGAUCCAACAACUAAGAAGGGAUGGAAAGAGAAGUACACUGCUAACUAAUUUUAGGGUUUGUUUGUUUUUUCUUCAUUUUUUUUUCUGUUUUUUUAUUGUGUAGUCUUUUUAUGUUCUAAAUACUCAGGAAAUAUUUACCUCCAAAGGAAUGUGUCUAUUGAACUCAACAUUCUCAUGAAGAUCACAGAGUUAGAGACCGCAAAAAAAAAAAGUACUUGAAAUGAUUGCAAGAAUUUAACGUUGAAUGUAUUGUAAAUGCUCUCACUCACACUAUCAGGAACACAAAGAUCCCACAAAGUCGGUUUUAUUUUAUUUUUUUAUACGUUGUUAUUGUAGUGUUGAAUUUUCAAACAUGUUAAUUGCACGGUAGGUUGACAUACUUUCAGUACCACUUUUUGGAUGUUCUUGUAAUUCUGUUUUGAAUGGAAGUCCUGAGAAGUAUUAUUUUAUUGUCUCGCCAGGACCUGGCCUCCUAUGGCAAAGCCUUUCUUUUUCUUUUUUUUUUUUUGUAAGACAAAAAAACCAUAGGGGAUUUGACAGCUCAGUCUUUGUUUACAACUGGGAUUUGCUGUUGUGCCGUUUUAUAGCUUUUAUUGACCAUAUCUCACAAUGUGCCACUACUUUCCUUGGGCUUUAUUUUACUGGGAUUGAUAGGGAGCAAUAUACAUUUGGACCUACUUAUGAUUAGACAGUACAGGUAUAAAUGAUCCCUUUAGUACUGCUUGGCAAAACUUUAUUCAGUUUAUCAGUAUUAACACAUCACCAAUCUAGAAUUCAGGUAUGUUAUACCCCAGUUGAGUUCUGGUUGCAGAUAUUGCUACCAACUACUAAGGGGCCAUGACUCUAACAUGCCAAGUCUAGGUGAUCAUUUAUAAUAAGAAAGGUAGGAGAUAACCUUUUAAUUCUUCCAGAUGUUGCCACCUAGCAAUACUUCUGCUGGGUACGGCCUCUCAAAGCCUUUUAAUUAAUAAACUAUUGCUUUAAAACGAAAUCUGCGUCUUGCCAUAUAAGAUGCAAACUGACAGAAUGACCAAAGAACUCUUUAAAGUCUGAAUCAAAAGAUGAUAUACCAAAGUUUCGUAGGAAUACAGGGGCUGAUUUACUAAUGAUGGGCAGUCGCUUCCAUGUUUGGUUAGAUAACAGCACAGUGGUUACCUACCAAUGUGUAAAGGGUCUGGUACUUUGCACUAGUCCGUGAGAAUAGGGCUGCCCGAACAGAUGCAUCUGGGGUCCUAGCAAUGUCUUUUUUUAUUGGCUUGUGGCAGGAGCAAACAAACUGCAUUCUGGGAAACAGCUCUUGAACAUGCACAAUCUUAGUAAAUGAGCCCCCCAGUGUUCUUUUUUGCACUGGAGUAGAUACAAUGAAAGCCAAAGGAUAGUAUGUCCCAAACUAAUAAAGGGUUGAUAGUACCUACAGCUUGUCCUGUAACAUGUUCCAGGCCACUUCGGUACUCAGACAGUUACAUUUCCCAACUUUAGAGGUGAUGCAUCUCUCCUAAAUUGUUUACUCAUUUUUCAGAGGCUUCUCGCUCUGUUAAUGCUUUAUUUUUCUGUGUAAAUACAUUUUCUCUUUAAACCAAAGUUUGUUAAGGAAUAUGAUUUGAAAACAUUGUGAUAGAAAUUUCUAAUAGUUUUAAUGUACAUAUAUAAUCCCUUUCCCCCUUUCCUCUUGUACGAUUAGGAGAAAAAAAAAACAAUUUAAAAUAUGUAAUGCUUGUAUUUUCAUUGACUCAAACCAAAGAUACUGUACAAGUUGAAGCAGUCUGCCUAUAGCAUAUGUAAAGGUUAUUCCUAAUGCCGCAGUUUUCUGAUUGUAUUGUUUGUAAAUACAGCUCAUCACAUGCCUACACAGUGCCAAAAUGAGGUUGGUUCCAUCGGUUUUUCACCGAUUUUCUUUAUGAUGUUGCUCAAUGCUCAUAGUUCCCAACACUGGUUUUAUAAGAUCUGGCUAGAACAUGUUCCGAUCUGCCUUACCACUGACUUCCUCUACUUUGGCCAUUUUCUGAUAGGUUACACCCAUCUCCGGCCAAGUCCAGAGUCUCUGUAGUUGUGCUGUGACCUAACAGGUCCCUUGUGCCCAGCUGGUUUGGGAAACUUUUAGAACCACUGCUAAAUCAUUCUCUUACUAUUCCAUGAAUUCUGGGGAUAGAGAGGGCCACUGCCUCCAGCAUCAGAGGGGCCCAUUGUGAGGAUAACAUAGAUAAACAUUCAAAGGGUGCAUUAUUUAUAUAUAAACACUUGGAUCCCCUGAUUCUUUUAUUCCUCCUCCAUCAGAUGUGAUUCCCCCUUUUCUUUCUUGAGUUGGCUCUGCAAAAUUUAUUUAAGUGUAUAAACAGAUGUAAUGAAUAUAACAAAACAACUAGUUAAUUAUUAUUAUUAUUUUUUUAAGCAACUCUUCAGAAGUAGCAACCCUGUGUUUUUUCUCCAUUGGGUUUUCCCAUAAAUCUGUGAACAGCAGCAGGCCCGUGACUAUUAAAUUGAAUGUAAUUCUCUAAUUGAGAGGCCUGAGCUUUGCAUUUAGGGCCAGGAAAUGAAUGCAUCAUGCAGCAGAAGUCUCUAUUGGCAGAAACAAGGCUUAUCUUGCAAUGAAACACAAGCUUUCUGUUUGACUCCAAGCAGUUUGUGUGAGAAGCAAAGCACUUCCCAACAAUACUGUCUUUGUCAGUGUAAUGGUUUCCAACUGUUUGUGGCUAACACUGCUAAAAUUGUUAUAGGCUAUCUCCCUUCCUUUAAUUCUCCUUGCCAUUAGCUAAACAAUGGCACCUUGUUUGUUUUCUAUAUUGCUACCAUCUUAUAGAGAAAUUCCAUCUAUAAUUAGGCUUGCUUUAGUUUCCCUUCAUUUGUGAGUGUGAGUGCAAGGGAUACUGCGUGCACAGCACAUUCCUUUUCUGCUUAUUUGCAUUUAUUCCUAUUGACAGCUGCCAUGUUGUGUGCCUGAGCUGAGGCAUUACCCCCUAGACACCAACAUCAUUAGCUCAUCUAAUGGCCAUAAAAAAACUGUACUGAUCUGACUGGUGUUCCAUGCGCCCAUAACCUGAUACAUGAUACAUGCAUUAACCCUUCUUACCAAGUAGCAGAUAUUUUCCAGCAUAGUAUUAACAAGAUUUUACACCUGUGUGAAAGCAUACUUUGAAAAGGAAAGUUCAUCUUAAAGGGGUGGUUUGCCUUUAUGCCAGCCUUUAGUUUGUUAUAGAAUGGCCUGUUUUUAGCAACUUUUCAGUUGCUCAUAAUUUUUUCUAUUUUAUAGUUUUGGAAUUAUUUGCCUUCCUCUUCUGGUUCAAGCUUUCAAAAAGGGUGCCACUGACCCCAGCAAACAUUGCUAUAUGAGGCUAUGAUUGUAUUGUUAUUAUUACUUUUUAUUGCUUAUCUUUCUAUUUAGGCCCUCCUCCAUUCAUAUUCCUCUGUAUCUCUAAACCACUGGCUGGAUGCUAGCUUAAAUUGGACCCUAGCGACUAUUUAGCUGCUGAAAUUCCAUACUGGAGAACUACUGAGAGAUAAUUAAAAAAAAACACAAAUAAUAAGAAAGGAAGACCACUUGCAAACUGUCUUAGAAUACAUCAUACUAAAAAUGAAUUUAAAGGUGAACGACCCCGUUAAAAUAAACAUUCAAGACUAUGGCACACAGCAUUUUGUCACUUAGGUGAUUAAUAGCUCCGAGAGCUGGUGACAAAGCACAAUAUUGACAUCAAUGGCAAUCGCCUGGAAGCAUGAAUGCACUCACAGGUCUGGACAAUUACCAUUAAAAAAAAUAAGAAGCGAUUGCACGCGUUUUGUAGCUGUCUGUGGGGCAACAAUAGGCUGUGUGCCAUAGCCCUCAGUAUGUAACAGUGUUAUUCAGUAACAAUAUACUUUCCCCAGGGCAAUAAUGCAUCUGUAAGAAAUGCAUGGUGCCAAAGGGUUAAUACAUAUCCAUGUUUUUAUUUUAAAACUUCAUUUGUUGUUAUAAAAAUGAUAACAUUUCAUGUGCAGUGAUCACCACCCUUGUCACAGGAGUGAAUGGAAAUUGCUUUUAAACCGCUGAAACACUGCCUUCUCUCUAACUGCCAUUUACUAGUGUACACUUGUCACAGCUCUGUACAGUUGUGUAUGUGGAGAAGAGUGGUAUAGUAACAGAUGUAUAUUUGUACAAUGUAUUCAUCCUUUGGUAUAGGAACAAUGACAGAGUUAGCUAGAGAUUCCUAUUAAAACUCUGCAUUGGGGGUUGUAUGAUAUUCUGGUAAAGAAUUACUGCGAUCGCAAUGUCUAAUUUCUGUUGGGUACUGUUUGGCUCUACAUGGAGAAUGCCAAUGCCGAUUAUCUACCACACUUCUAGCACAAUAAGAUAUGAAAUCCAGCAAGCAGCCAUUUUUUUAGUUGUGACGCACAGAGCUUGUACUCAGAAAUAACUGGGCUAUUACUGUUUCCUAUUAUGUCUCAUUACAUUGUGAAAUAUAAACAGGUCUUGUAAUAAAUGAUCCCGUAUGUCUUUAUUGCCGAAUUGUUCUUUGCUUUCUGUUACAGGAGGGAUGAUAUGAGUCGCUAGGGCGAUCCGUGCACCCCUUCCCAGCUUUAUUGUGCACUCACGGAGCACUGCCCUCCUGGUGCCAAGUGGGGAUGCUUUGUGCGCACUUUGAACUUGAUUUAUUAGGAGCCAUUAAUCAUUUGCUGAUGUCUCAGAGCAAUUGAAAUGUAAUGGAGUCUUCUGUUUUUUCAAAGCCUUUAAAGUCUGAUGUACAAAAUAUUGAUGCCAUCCCUGACAGUGAUGAGACAUGCAGCAUUGGAAGAGACUGAUACAGUAUGCAUAUGGGCAAUCCCAAGCACAAACAGAUAGCAAUCUCAAGAACAGCUUAUGGCUGAAUCUGUUUAUCGAGCCUUGUUAUUGCCGAAGGCUUAAUAAAUAACUAAUUUCAGCAAUUUAUUUGGUGUGUUGAUCAACGUUUGUUCUUGGGAUUGAUACACUGUGAUGUGGCCAUCCUCUGUGUGUGACAAUAUGCCAUAAGCAAUGCCGCAGAUAGAGAAGUAUAAUGCAGUUUCAUUUUCUCAUUACUUUCUAUUGUAAAUUUCAAGCUUAACAUGCACCCCAUGCCCUGAGGCCAUUCACAUGACUGGGUCACACCACUGGACUGGCAACCCUUUAUAAAGCCAGUACAGAAACCAUUGUUACUAUACCAGAGAAUGUCUCAGCUUACUGCUGCAGCAAAAUGAAAUCGUAAAUAAGAAUUAUAGUCAACACAGCAUAUUAUUAAAUAACCACCCUUAGAGCAAAUAAAUUGUAGCACAGGAAGUUGAGUCCUUGAAGUGGGGGAACUAUAAUAAUAAGCAAGCGCAAUUAACUUCUCUGUAUUGUCUACAAUACCAAAGAUAGCCUUGCUGCUCAAUAUGGUUAAUAAUUUGUAUUAAAUUGUUUGCCUUUCAUUCAGCUUUUAGUAUGGUGUAGACAGCAACAUUUUGAGACAGUCAGCAAUUGGUCUUAAUUUUUCAGUUGUUUAUGGACUAUUUUUGUUUUUGUUAUGACGCUCUCAGGCUGUUAUCUGUUUGCUACGGGUUCAUUAACAACUGUGAAAAAGUUUUACAAUCGGUAUGAAAGAUGAAUGGAAUAGAGCUGAAAAGAAUGACAAGUAAUAAAAAAGUAAUAAAACUAAGUAUGUUAAUAUGUGAGUCCUGAUAACCACGUAGCAUUUUCAGUUGCAGUCUGGAUAGGAGGCAGAUUAGUAAAACCAAUAAAUCAAAAACUAGGCAAAAUCAUUUAUGCAGAGCGAAUGAGAAGUUGCUUAGAAUAGGUCCAUCAAUACCAUACCCAAAGCUAAUGUAAAGCUGAAAUUCCCCUGUAACAGUAUACCUUUUUGUUUAUACAUGCUCAUUUUGUGCAUUUCUUUGCCGCAGGUCUUGUAACCCAUAGCAACCAUUUAAAUGUUUGUUUCUAAACAGCAGAUCAGCAAAUAUUGCCUGCUAAAUGGUUGCUAUAGGUUGGUAGAACUGGAGGAAACUCAUAAAUUGACACCCUUCAGGGAAUGGGCAUUUUUCCCCCCAGCACCAGCAGGGACUUUCAGGAGAAAAACAAUGUGAAAAGUACUAAGACAUAUAUUGUGCCACAAUUAUUUGAUCAUAAACAUCAGGCCUCCAACCUGCAGUUGUCUGGCUGCUGUUGAACUACAAUGCAGGGUGCUGACUGUCGCAUACACACAGGGUGCUUUCCGUUUUCACUAUUAGCCUGAGCACACACUAAAGUGCAUAGGUCCCAUCAUUUAGAUGACAAAAAACUUGCUUUUGGUACCCUGGUGGUUUUAUCAUGACAUAUGCACAGCUGUAUCAGCUCUUCUCUGCUCACAUGGAUUUCCUUUGUCCUACAGCGAAUUGGAUGUCAGUUUUCCAAAAAGUGGUACUGUAUUCAUAGGAGAUUCUCAUCUGGAACCAUUUCUACCUCAUUCUGCAAAGUAUUUUACAUGAAGUAUUUAUUUCAUGUCUUUUUAAUGUUGGGAUGCUCUUGAGCUGUAAUGGUCUACCUCAAAAAUACUGUAUUUAAAAAAAGAAAGUAUUGCGCAGUAUUAAAGAGAUUAUGUGAACUUCA